AGUAUGGAAACAAGUCAGUGGGAGUGUUUAUCAUGAGGACUGAGGACUACCUUACUGAUUUUUAUCCCACUUUUCAAUCAAUUCUGAAGUUGAACUAUUCCCUGGCUGCUGUAAAUAAUGAAGCAAAUGAAUCAGGGUUGUUUCUUACAGGGAUGUCUCAAUGUCAACAAACAUUGUGCACAAGAUAAGGCAUUUGUUCAAAAGUGAGGCAAGAGAAUGUCAGACAGCAAGGACUUACUAGACUCUGAUGUACUCAUCACUGGCAUGGUGAAUAGAUGAAAUCAUGGAUAACCUGCAACAACUUCAAAAUCAUGUUACAGCUGAAAACUUCAGCAAUACAAUCGCGAGGAAUGAACUGGCGCCGCAUUCACCUUGGGGUCCAAUGACUAUCAUCAUAGCGAGUUUCCUCGUCAUGGUCAUAUGCCUUGCCACAGUUGGUAACCUUGUGGUAUGUCGGCUUGUCUGGGUUUGUCGGCGCGUGCAGAUCCCGUCACUGUACUUUGUGGCCAGCAUGUCAUUUUCUGAUUUCCUCACGGGUUUGCUGGUUUUGCCGCUAAGUUUGGGCUACCAUAUUAGUUAUCAGAAUACAGGUCGAUGGACUUUUGGUCGAUUCACCUGCGACCUCUAUUUAUUCCUGAACUUUAUUCUGUGCAGCGCCUCCAUAUACAACUUGUGUGUGGUCGGCGGAGACAGAUACUUGGCUGUGACUUCACCACUAAAUUAUCUGUCACGCAUGAACGAAAGCAGAGUCAAGCAAAUUAUCGGAGUGUCCUGGUUUUGCGCGCUGCUACUAGCCGGUUUCGUCACGUACGGCACGCAUGCUUCCAAGGAAAACGGCGUCAACUGUUCGAUCUGGGGUUUGCGAUAUGAGUACUCUGUUUUUGUACUUGUGAUAGCUUAUAUUCUACCGGUAUUUUUUCUCGUAUUCGUGAAUAUGAAGGUGUUUCUCAUUGCGCAUGCUCAUAUGACCAGAAUACACGUGCAAGAGAUAUCCCUGGCUCCUGUUUCGACGUUUACGGAGAACGCGCUGAGUCAAGAAGGAGAACCUAAGAAAACUAGUCAAAGAGCACGACUGAAACGGGAGAUCAAAAUAUUCAAAACAUUUCUCAUUGUCACAUGUACUUUUCUGAUUUCCUGGACACCAUUUGUCGUGAUUCUCUUAAUAGAUUCAAUCUCACCUGUUCCGAAUCUUAUCAGACACUCCUCGAUCAUCCUUUUAUACUGCAACAGUGCUCUGAAUCCAUUCAUAUACGGCUUUUUUAAUUCCGAGAUAAGGAAGGCAUGGUCCGAGAUUUUUAACUGUAAAUGUACUGUACCUUUUAAGAGAUAGUGGCAGAGCGGAAUAAUUUUAAUAAAUUAAAACUUGUUUGGAUCAUAUUCACUGUGGGGUGAAAAGGUGGGCGCUAAUACUUUUAUAUAAGUUUGCAUAUCUUCAGCAGCAUUAUUCCCCUGACAACAGAAAGUCAAGUAAAAACUUUUUUAACUAUUCCCAUAACUGUGUUCAAUAUCUGAAACGGAUCCGAUGAAUAAAGGCGUA